AUGGCGAAGUCACGGGAAGAGGCUGUGAAAGCUGUGGAGGCUAUUUUUGACAGAUACCGUCUAAUCUCGAAAUCCGAAAACUUCCAAGGCUUCGACUCGCAAAUCAUGAAUGAAAUUAAGAUUCUCGACGCCACCGAGUCCGGCACCGCAACAUUUGAGUUUCUGAUCGGCGAACAAUAUGCGAAUCUCAACGGUGUCAUGCACGGAGGAGCCGCUGGUGUCAUAUUCGAUAUGUGUACGACCCUUGCUCUGGGUCCCGUUGCGAAACCUGGAUCUUGGGAUUUCCUGGGUGGUGUGACGAGGACACUUAAUUUGAGUUAUUUGAAGGCUGUUCCUGUUUGCACCACAGUUCGCAUAUACGCCGAAGUGAUCCAAUUCGGGAGAACGAUGGCAAUGCUUCGUGGUACUAUGACUAGUCAAGACGGAUCGAUUGUUUACUGCACGUGCGAACACCACAAAGUGCGGGUGCCGACUAAAAAGGAACAUUUAUACUAUAAGGUUGAAUGGGACGGAUUAUGGGUUGAAGAUACAGAUGCAAAAUCGAAGUUAUAA